AUGUCUACUGAAGGUCCUAACCCACGCGUUGGCGUCGCAGCGCUUAUCUAUGCCCGCGAUGGCAAGUUUCUCACUGGCAAGAGAAUGGGUAGUCAUGGAGCAGGUACCAUUCAACUUCCAGGCGGUCAUCUAGACUACGGCGAAAGCUUCCUCGAAUGCGCAGCCAGAGAAACCCUCGAAGAGACAGGCCUUCAAGUCCGCGCCAUCAAAGUCGUAGCUGUGACGAAUGACGUCUUUGAGGACGAGAGAAAGCACUAUAUUACAAUAUUUGUGCGCUGUGAGAUGGUGGAUGAGAAUGCAGAGCCUCAGGUAUGUUACCCUAGAGCAAUUGGAAGGUCAAAGCUGAUGUGGGAUAAGAUUCUUGAGCCGAAGAAGUGUGCGGGCUGGUAUUGGAAGACGUGGGAUGAUUUGAAAGAGAUUUUGGCUAGUGGUGAGGAGGAGAAGUUGUUUUUACCUCUGGUCAAUCUACUUGGGCAGACAAAUGAUUUGGAGAGUUUGAGAUCAUAG